CUGAAACUCUUAUCUAUGAAGGUUGUAUUAAUAACUGUUUUGAUUGACAACGAACAAAUAGGAUUUGGACACACUUACCCAGAAUGCGCUCCCACAAGGUAUUGCGUUGGGAAGGGACCUAACCUGACAGAACCAUUAGAUGAAUACCAGCUGAUGGAAAGAGUGCAGGAGUUGGCAAAGCAAAACAAAGUUUGGCGCUCAUUCAUUGGCAUGGGAUACUACAAUUGCCAUGUUCCUCACCCUAUACAGCAAAAUCUAUUUGAAAACCCAGGAUGGUAUACCCAAUAUACACCAUACCAGCCAGAAAUUGCUCAAGGACGUUUGCAGAGCUUGUUCAAUUACCAGACUAUGAUUGCAGAUAUGACAGGCCUAGAUGUGGCUAAUGCUUCACUCCUCGACGAAGGCACAGCGGCAGCUGAGGCCCUCGCCAUGUGUAGCCGAUCUAACAAGAGAAAAGUAUUUCUAGUCUCGGAUAAACUCCAUCCACAGACAACUGCCUGCGUUGAGACUCGUUGUUCUGCCAUGGGUUUAAAAGUCAAAAUCGUCGAUUUCAGCACCGUGACUGAAGUUGAAAAAGAUAUUUCGGCCGUUCUUUUCCAGUAUCCCGAUACUCAUGGCUCGGUUCAAAAUUUCCAAAACCUCAUCGACAAGACCCACGCCGCCGGGGCCCUAGUUUGCUGUGCUACAGAUCUAAUGGCACUCACAAUGAUGAAAUCGCCAGGAGAAAUUGGUGCCGAUGUCGCUGUGGGCAACAGCCAGCGCUUUGGUGUUCCUCUCGGUUACGGAGGACCGCAUGCGGCCUUCUUCGCCUGCAAAAACAACCUGGUUCGAAUUAUGCCCGGCCGAAUGGUGGGCGUCUCAAGAGACGUCGAUGGUAAAGACGCUUACCGCCUAGCCCUGCAGACACGCGAGCAGCACAUUCGCCGUGAUAAAGCCACUAGCAACAUUUGUACAGCUCAAGCAUUACUUGCCAUCAUGGCUGCCAUGUACGCAGUUUACCAUGGUCCUGCCGGCUUGCAAAAGAUUGCUCAACGAAUUCAUCACUCAACUGUUGUCUGUGCCAAAGGUUUGGAGUCUGGCGGUCACGUAGUGCGAAAUAGCCAAUUCUUUGAUACGCUCAAAAUUCAACCGUCUUUACCCGUCCUAGAUAUUAAAGCACGUGCAGAGGCGCAAGAGAUCAAUUUGCGCUAUUUCCCCGAUGGAGAUAUUGGUAUCUCCAUUGACGAAACUAUUCGCGAGAAAGAUAUUAAUAUUUUCGCCAUUUUUAAUGUCGAUGUAACAGCCGAACAAGUGUCUCAGCGAUCAGAUAUUCUUUCAUCCAGUUUAGAACAGUCCGAAUGGAAGAGGACCAGCUCUUACUUGACUCAGCCCGUCUUCAACUCACAUCACUCAGAGACGCAGAUUAUGCGCUACAUGAAAUCCCUGGAAAACAAAGACAUUUCAUUAGUUCAUUCUAUGAUUGCUUUGGGUUCUUGCACGAUGAAACUAAACAGUGCCACUGAAAUGUUGCCGUCCAGUAUGCCUGAAUUUGGCAAUAUCCAUCCAUUCGCUCCCGUCAGCCAGGUCGGCGGUUAUCAUCAAAUGUUUAAAGAGUUGGAAGCUGAUUUGUGCGAUAUCACUGGCUACGAUAACAUUUCCUUCCAGUCAAACAGUGGAGCAUGAUUUCUCUGCUCCUACUGCUCCUGACGUUGCUAGCACAAUCCGGAUCAUCAG